AUGAUUCGUUCAAGUUUUAUAUUAAUGUUAUUGACCUGCGUCGUUUGUUCGUUCUGUGAGAAAGAUUUCGUUACACUCGGUCGACAUUCAUGGCGAUGUAAACAGCGAGUUAAUUACGCAGAACAAGAUCACUCUGCCGAAAAUACGGCAAGGCAAACGCCCGUCAUGAAUUCUCCUAAUGUCGUCGUGUCAAGUCGAACCGUAAUCAAGUGUUGCUGUGGUAAAGUAUCAGUAUGUAAAGGAGCGCGAGGAUUAAAGAUGCAUCAACGCAGUUGUAGAGUUAUUCAAGGUCUAGACAGUGAAUUCCGUACAGACCUAGAGGAACAAAACAAUUCUGACACGGAACAUAUUCCUGAAAUGGACCAAUCGACAAUCAACGAAACUCCUACGGUUGAAAAGGAAGAUAUUGCGAAUUUAAGAAAAGGUAUUAAACUCCCUAAAAGCAAUUCCGAAUGGUCAACGGCCAACGAGCAUUUAAAAUUCGCUCUUCAAUCCAAUGAUCCAAUCACAUCACAAGAUUUAAAUUCCAACAUAAAACUAUUAAAUAAUAACAUAUACGAUUACUUCGCCCAAAACUUUGGUUAUAGCGAAUCAGUGCCGGACAAUUCUCUACUAAAUAAAUAUAAGGACUAUGAAAUCAAGGAUUUGAAAAAAGCUCUGAAAACCCUAAAAUCAACGAAUGGUGAACUAGACGAAAUUAAAUAUGUGUCGCAUAUAUUGCGUGAUAAGCUUCGCUCAAACAAUAACGAGUCAUGUCUAGACAGCAGCCAGUCACUUAACCAUGACAAAUAUAUUGGGAAAAAUUUCUGGGGGUUAUGUCAAGAAUAUUCUAAGGAAGAAAGACACUGUAUUACCAUCUUUCAAUAUGACGCAAUGCCUUUCCCACUUCACUAA